CGCACAGUUUAUUCAAGAUAGUCAUGUCGUUAGCGGUAUUGACUUUUCUAGUACUCUGCGGAUUUUCCUUUUUGGGCCAGCACGAGGUAGUUGCUGACUGCGCGGCAGACUCAUCCGAUCUAUGGAAUGAUGAUACGAACGAGGACGAAGGAUCUUGCACUCGAACUUCGUUAAAAAAUGAUAUAGACGAUCAAUAUGAAUCAAUUGACAAUGAUCCAAUUAUAAGGGAAUCAGAAGGGAAAGUGGCUAAGAAGGACAACACGAAUUCGGAUGUUCAGUUUCCACUAUUUGAAAACAUAAUAAAGAUAUUUAAGUUCAUAUGGCAGAUGCUGAGUAUUUGGAUAAACUGGAAAUAAUAAAGGCGAUAGGGCAUAUCUGUUCACAGAUCCUGCAAAUUAAA